AGAUACGGCGCUUACAUUCGAAGACAUUCAUGGGACCUUAAAGAAUUUCCAAGCAAGCAUCGACGAGAUACAGAGAGUUGCCAUGGUUGAUGAACCUGGUUCAAUGGGGGCGUUUCAAGCUGAGGCCAACAGUUUCCCGAGGUUUUCCAGGUUCAAUGAUUUUACGCAUGAUUAUGCGAAACCAUUUCGCCUGCGUCAUCUCGUUCCCUGUGAAAUUCCAACAUCUACAACCGGAUGCCAUACACCUCCUAACACUGGAAAACAGAUACACCUUCGGCUUACAGAUCUUUCCGAGUAUGUACAUUCGCAACCAUACAUUGCAGUCUCCUAUACCUGGGACCACGCCAAAUCACACAAACUUGAAGAUGGUUAUGAUCCUCUCCCGGAAUACUAUAUCUGGACUGGAGCAUCUACCUACCGCCCGGCAAAAUGCCACGUUGAAGUCCUUCACAGAGCUAUGUGUUUUGCCGCUGCAAAGCUACCUCAGCCUCGACUCUGGAUUGAUCAAGAAUGCAUAGAUCAAGACAACCCUGAUGAUCUUGAGAGCCAUUUGCAGAUAAUGCACAAGAUCUACUCUGAGAGUGCGUUUACUGUCGCCGUUUUGUCUUCGACAAUCUUAGCACAACGUCUUGUAGACGCUCUCGACAUAUUCCUCCACUGGGACCUCGGUACAAAUCGCACACCCCGGCGUGAAGACUUCGCACUUUUGACUUUGACGGAUCGGAAAAAUCACCCUGUUUCAAUUCUUGGACCCGUCCAGAGAGCCUUCAACUAUGUCACCCAAGACAGAUGGUUUAGGAGAACUUGGACUUUUCAAGAAAAGCACUGCGGGUCACGUGUACAUUUCUUGAUCCCCGUCGGUACGACCGUCCAACUCAAGCGACUAGAAAGAGUCGGUUCAGACAUUUGUCUCGAGAAGCUGUUCCUUUUCAGGAGGUUGUGUCGAUGGAGCGACCACAGCUGGGACACGACACGCGGCCUCGCACUUAUACUCGAAAGCCACUUUGCUCUCCCUCCAUAUAGCCCGCAGGCUGUACUGCCAACUCACCCACAGGCUCCCAUAAAAACUGGCAUAAACUCCAACCAGACUUUCUUUGGCAACAUACAAAAGACACACCAAAUUAUGGAGACCUGCGAUAACCUCGUUGUAUCUGAUAGGAUAGCCAUAUUUGCCAGCGUCAACAAGUUUCCGGCCCGAUUAAAGUCUACGCUGCUGAACCACGAACGAUAUAGCUAUAGUACGUGUAUUCUGGUUCUGGCCUUGAAAAAUUCCGGAUGGUUCGUCAGCCAUCCUUUAGAACUACGACCAUCAUGGGGCCUCCUCAAAAAAACGCUCGAAGAAACCCUUGCCAACCUGGAAGACUACUCAAAAGCACACAAUUGGAUGAACCCAGAUCCUUACUAGUAAGAAACCAGUCGUUGUCCGCUGAAGUCUGCAGAUAGAUGUCUGUGCGUCUUUCUUUACCACCGUUUGGGAAUACUCACCAGAUUUUGAGGGAUAUGGGCGAGAUGUGAAGUUUUGAGGAUGUGAUACAGGCCACCCACGGAAGAUUUUAAUUGACUAGCGAUUUAUGUGGGGUAAUCCUUCACAAGACCGUCGACUCACUCUUUGAUGAGUGAAGCGAAUGAGUCUGUGGGGCGGAUAGAAAUUUGUUUGCAUGUAUACCAAGUCUUUGCCAGCAACAGCUUGCAUAUGCAUCUCAGCAAAAUGGGACAGCUGAAAACGCCU